CUGGCUCUGGGGCUGGGAGGCUUUGUCCACUCCAUCAUUCAGGUGGCCCUCAUCCUCCGCUUGCCCUUCUGUGGCCCAAACCAACUGGAUAACUUCUUCUGUGAUGUGCCACAGGUCAUCAAGCUGGCCUGCACAGACACCUUUGUGGUGGAGCUCCUGAUGGUCUUCAACAGUGGCCUGCUCACCCUCAUGUGCUUCCUGGGCCUUCUGGUCUCCUAUGCAGUCAUCAUCUGUCGGGUACAUCGGUCGUCCUCUGAGGGGAAGAACAAAGCCCUGUCCACUUGUACUACUCAUGUCAUUAUUAUACUUAUCAUGUUUGGACCUGCCAUCUUCAUCUACACUCGCCCCUUCAGAGCCUUCCCAGCUGACAAAGUGGUUUCUCUCUUCCACACUGUGAUCUUCCCUUUAUUGAAUCCUGUGAUUUAUACUCUUCGCAAUCAGGAAAUAAAAGCUUCCAUGAAGAGGUUGCUUAAUCAGCACUUAGCCUGA